CUGGAAUUUUUCUAACUGGACGAGUGUGAAGAAAUUCCAAUCGGAACCAAAGAAAAACAAGUGAAAGCCAUUUGUCAAAACUAUCGCAAAAACAAAAAAAACAAGACAAAAUGUCCAUGAGUGCAGCUCAAGCUCAAAGGGAGCACGUCCUAGCCGUCUCCAGAGAUUUCAUUUCCCAACCAAGAUUGACCUACAAGACUGUGUCUGGUGUCAACGGUCCCCUGGUCAUUUUGGAUGAAGUGAAAUUCCCCAAAUUCGCCGAAAUUGUCCAAUUGCGUUUGGCUGAUGGCACCGUACGUUCCGGUCAAGUUUUGGAAGUCAGCGGCUCCAAGGCUGUUGUCCAAGUAUUCGAGGGUACUUCCGGUAUUGAUGCCAAGAACACACUGUGUGAAUUCACUGGUGACAUUUUGCGUACCCCCGUAUCUGAAGAUAUGUUGGGUCGUGUAUUCAACGGUUCCGGCAAACCCAUCGACAAGGGUCCCCCAAUUUUGGCUGAAGAUUUCUUGGAUAUCCAAGGUCAACCCAUCAACCCCUGGUCUCGUAUCUAUCCCGAAGAAAUGAUCCAAACCGGUAUCUCUGCCAUCGAUGUGAUGAACUCCAUUGCUCGUGGUCAAAAGAUUCCCAUUUUCUCAGCUGCUGGUUUGCCCCACAACGAAAUUGCCGCCCAAAUUUGUCGUCAAGCCGGUUUGGUCAAGGUACCCGGCAAAUCUGUUUUGGAUGAUCAUGAGGAUAACUUCGCCAUUGUUUUCGCCGCUAUGGGUGUCAACAUGGAAACUGCUCGUUUCUUCAAACAAGAUUUCGAAGAGAAUGGCUCCAUGGAAAAUGUGUGCUUGUUCUUGAAUUUGGCCAACGAUCCCACCAUUGAACGUAUCAUUACACCACGUUUGGCUUUGACCGCUGCCGAAUUCUUGGCCUACCAAUGCGAGAAACACGUCUUGGUCAUCUUGACCGAUAUGUCUUCGUAUGCUGAAGCUUUGCGUGAAGUAUCCGCCGCCCGUGAAGAAGUACCCGGUCGUCGUGGUUUCCCCGGUUAUAUGUACACUGAUUUGGCUACCAUCUAUGAACGUGCCGGUCGUGUUGAGGGUCGUAACGGUUCCAUCACACAAAUUCCCAUUCUUACUAUGCCUAACGAUGAUAUUACCCAUCCAAUUCCUGAUUUGACUGGUUAUAUUACCGAAGGUCAAAUCUACGUCGAUCGUCAAUUGCACAACAGACAAAUCUAUCCUCCAGUUAACGUAUUGCCAUCUUUGUCACGUUUGAUGAAAUCUGCCAUCGGUGAGGGUAUGACACGUAAGGAUCACUCUGAUGUAUCCAAUCAAUUGUAUGCCUGUUAUGCCAUCGGUAAGGAUGUACAAGCUAUGAAGGCUGUCGUCGGUGAAGAAGCUUUGACUCCUGAUGAUUUGUUGUAUUUGGAAUUCUUGACCAAAUUCGAAAAGAACUUCAUUUCACAGGGUAACUACGAAAACCGUACCGUCUUCGAAUCUUUGGACAUUGGCUGGCAAUUGUUGCGUAUCUUCCCCAAGGAAAUGUUGAAACGUAUUCCAGCUUCCAUUUUGGCUGAAUUCUAUCCUAGAGAUUCGCGUCAUUAAAUUCGUUGUUCGUUUU